GGAAAUGUUAAUCUUUGAUCGUCUGCAAUGCUGGACAUGCUGAAGACCCCAUAUUGUGUUUCAUUUGUGAAUAUGAGGCAGCUGUUAAACGCAAUGCACGCUGCAUGUCUAAGUCUGCUGCCACCCUGAAGCUCAUGAUGGAUAUUUCCAUGUCUGUCUUAAGCGUGAGGGAGUGAACCUGUGGAUAUCUGAGCAAGAUGGAAGAAGACAUGGCAAUACAUUGGGAGACAGUAGAGGAAGGCUCUGACUGUGGGCCGCCCAUCGUUUCUCUAGCCAAUCCGUGUCAUGAAAAUGACAGUCACGUGAUGCCGCCUCAGGGACCUGACUGUGAACAUGAGGCGUUUGAUGAUUUGGAUUGUGAAUUCCCUGAUGAAGACUUUGAUUUGGAAGUAGACGAGAAUGAAGAGCAAAACACCGCAACUAAGGAUCAGGAGGAAGAUGGGAGUGCCGAAAAGGAGAAAUGUGAAAGAGAAGGGAAAAAUGAAUUGGAUAAUGAGUUGAGGGGCGACGGAGAGUCUAGAUCCCGCAAUGCUGGAACCGGGAGGAAAGGAAAAUCCAAGAAGAGUGGACCGGCACAGGGGCCUUGUGAUCAAACGCCAUCAUGGACAGCUUCAAUGUCUCAUAGAUCCUUCCUCCCAUCGUCCGGGCCCAGCAGACACAAGCAGAUGAAGCGACGGAACCAGCAUCUGCACAAUCACAGCCGCGCACGAAGGAAAAACGGGAACCAGCUGGUCAUGGUGUGUCGGGAUUUCCUAGCGGAAAUUGUCAGUCCCUGGUGCAUUUCAUGCAUACACAUGGUCGUCGAACUCAUCAUUUCUUUGACCCACAGAUGUGGAGUCGUGGUGGAAUCAUCUGGAAUCGCGCUGUUUGACUUUGGAUCACGCAUGCUUUGCAAGGUCACCGAUAUUCCAGGCUUGACUCAAGAUUUGAGGCGGAUCCUGGACUGGAGCCGGUUUUCAGCUGUAGCUUUAAUAGAAGGCAUCGGCAGGACUUUGUGUUGGGCUCGACACGCUCUCCUUUCCGGUUUCAGAUUUGUUUGCGCCACGCUAAGCGUUGGCUCUCAGAUGAUGAGGUGCGUCGUGGGAAGGCUGGCGGGAGAGAGAGGCAGAAAAUGGUGGCUUGCCUUCCAAAGCAGCAGGGUUUGGCGGAAAGUGUCGGAUCUGACCGCGAGGAUUCACGGGCGUUUCUUUAAACAAGGCGCCGCGAAUGAAAGCUCAAAUCCAGAGUCUCCCACCAGGGGGGCAGAGAAGUGGCAACCUGGAGAAGAGCUGCAGAGACUUCUGGCACUAGCCAAGAUCCCUGAAGAGGAGUUGGACCCAUUUAAUGUUCUUGGAGUGGAUAUUCAUGCCACUGAAUCUGAACUCAAGAGAGCUUACAGGCAGCUGGCAGUACAGGUUCAUCCAGACAAAAACAAGCACCCAGGCGCUGGCGAGGCCUUCAAGGUGUUAAGAGCAGCGUGGGACAUCGUCAGUAACCCAGAGACACGGAGAGAGUAUGAACUGAAGCGUAUGGCUGCUACAGAGCUUUCAAAAUCCAUGAAUGAGUUCCUGACUAAACUACAGGACGACCUGAAAGAAGCCAUGAACACAAUGAUGUGCACUAAAUGUGAGGGCAAGCACAAGCGCUUUGAGAUGGACCGUGAGCCUGGCGAGGCCCGAUUCUGUGCUGAAUGUAAUAAAUGGCACAGUGCCGAGGAGGGAGACCUGUGGGCUGAAUCUAGUAUGCUAGGACUGCGCAUCACGUACUUCGCCUUCAUGGACGGCAAAGUCUUUGACAUUACUGAGUGGGCCGGCUGUCAGCGUAUAAGCAUCUCUCCAGACACUCAUCGCGUGCCAUAUCAUAUCUCUUUCGGCUCCAAAGGUAGCAGCAGCGCCAGCCGCCACAGACCCGCCCCAGAUCAUCCUGCAACUGGUGGCGGCUCGCCUGCGGACCUGCAGGACUUCUUCAGCCGCUUCUUCCAGGCCGGAGCUCCCAGUGACGCGUCUGCUAAUGGAGGAUUCUUCCCCUCGGGAACCCCUGCGCCUCACGCCUCGGCAGCCGCUGCAGGGACCGCACACAUGUUCUCAGGGCCGGCUCCACAGACAGGGUUCUUCAGCCCAGGAGCCCAGCGGAGCGACCCCAGCGAACACUGGACUGAAGGAGGGAAACCCCCGCGCCGGCGCAAGAAAGUUCGCAAGCCAUUCCAGCGCUGAGAAAGGUACUCUAUUACGCAGAGGUGUUGCCAUGCUGUGACGUGAUAUUGGCCAACUAGUGCAACAAAACGAGGAAAAAGUCUCUUGACCUCACUUGAACAUUCAGUGUUGGCGCUUUGAAGCUUCCUGAUUAGAAAAUGAAAUGGCAUUGAAUUUCGUAGAGGAGCAAGCGAAAAGAGAUCUUUUCGUUUCAUGUUUGAAGCUAUUUUUUGGUUUAGUUAUCUCUUGUUGUGACAAAAAAUUAAUCAAAAUUCAAGCAUUUGAAAUCACGUUCUUUGAAGAAACAGAAGGACUCGUGCGUAGAGACUCCUGGUGUAUCUGAAGAAUAAUUUGACCCAAUGUUAAAAAUUGACAUUUACUCUCACCCUCAUGUCGUUCCAAACCUUUAUGCCUUUUAUUUUUUCAUUGGAUGUUCUCACAGCUUUUUCUUCUCAGCACAACAAGAACAAAAUACCCAACAUCGUAAAAGU